UCUUUCACUUGUUAUUUUUAUUAAAUUUAAAUGUUUCUGGUUGGAAAUGUCUCACUUUUGUACCUUUUUAUGUUUUCAUAGCUUUCUUACUAAUUUCAAAAUUAUAUAAAACAAUUUUAUAAAAAUUAUAUACGAGCUACAACGUUUGUUUGUCCCACAACCUGUUUUUUGGUUAGGUUUUAGCGCGCAUAUUUUUUAACUGAACUUGCCACACACACACACACACACGUAGAAAAAGACACGGCAAUAUUUUGCCAACUUUAAAAGAGAAUAAGAAAAAACAACGCUUUUUUGUUGCGCUCCCAUCUACCGGGUCCACUUGAUUAUCACCCAUCGCCCAUGCGGUUAGAUUAGCGCGGAAGAAGCGGAAGACAGUAGAAUAAGAAGAAAAAACAACAACACUCGUCAGCCGGCCGCUAAUCCAAUUCCAUCCUCCAACCUGACCAGAGACGAUGAUGGUGCAACGGCUCUAACACGCGCACACCACGUCCGACAGUUAUUGAGAGUGGCCGCAACUUAUUAAUAGUGCUCUUCCGCUCGGUCGCUUCGGUUUAGCAGCACUUCGAAUACCGCGUGACGCAGGGCAGCAGCAGCAGCAGUCGAGUGCUUCGAGAGCGCGGCACAAACCGGCGUAUUGUUGUUUGGCUUUACCCCCUGCAUUGUUUGCUACAUUGUCGUGCUGUGCGGUCGUGUUCGAUAUCGUGAGCGCUUCCUUUUUAUAUAAUCAGAGCCAUGGAAAGUCUUAGGGAUGGUAUGCUGGUGGGACUCGGCAACCCGCUGCUGGACAUUUCGGCCGUGGUUGAGAAAGACCUGCUGAACAAAUACGAUAUGCAGCCGAACAAUGCGAUACUGGCGGAAGAAAAACACAUGCCGAUCUACCAGGAGCUGAUCGAAAAGUACCAGGCGGAGUACAUUGCCGGUGGUAGCGUGCAGAACUCGCUGCGCGUCGCGCAAUGGAUUCUGCAGCGACCGCGGACCGCCAUCUUUUUCGGGUGCGUCGGGCAGGACGAGUACGCCCGCAUCCUAGAGGAGCGUGCCACGUCGAACGGGGUGAACGUGCAAUACCAACGGUCGGCCACCAGCCCGACCGGUACCUGUGCCGUGCUGGUGACGGGUACGCAGCGCAGCCUGUGCGCCAAUCUGGCCGCUGCGAACGAUUUCACGCCCGAGCAUCUGCGAAGCGACGGCAAUCGGGCGUAUCUGCAGGGAGCACAGUUUUUCUACGUGUCCGGCUUUUUCUUCACGGUCAGCUUCGAAAGUGCGCUCAGCGUGGCGAAGGAGGCGGCCGCCACCGGGCGGAUGUUUAUGAUGAAUCUUAGCGCGCCGUUUGUGCCACAGUUUUACAAGAACAAUUUGGAGGAAAUAUUCCCGUACGUCGAUGUGCUGUUUGGCAACGAGACGGAAGCGAUCGCGCUAGCGAAAGAGUUCAGCUACGGUACGGAAGAUUUGCGCCAGAUUGGCAAACGGAUCGCCGCCCUGCCGAAAGAGAAUGGCAAGCGGAAGCGCAUCGUGAUCAUUACGCAGGGCAGCGAUCCGGUGCUGCUGAUCGAGGCCGGAACCGACAACGUGCGGGAGUUCCCGGUGCAGAAGCUAGCGCCGGAGCAGAUGGUCGACACGAACGGGGCGGGUGACGCGUUCGUCGGCGGCUUCCUGGCCCAGCUGCUGCAGAGCCGCACCGUGGACGUGUGCAUCAAGUGUGGCAUUUGGGCGGCACGGGAAAUUAUCCAGCGGUCCGGCUGCACCUUCGAAGGCGAACCGUCCUUCUGUGCUGACAAUUAAAACGGCGCGUUUCUUUCGGGAAAGAAUUUCCGCAAGCGGUGACGGUCAAAACCACCCACUCCCCUCGAAUACAAAAAAGACCCUCAUUUUGAUAAAAAAAUUGUCGUUUGCCUCUUUGUUACAACUUCUGCUGCUAUUGCCGCGCUCCCUUACUUACUCCUGCCCUAUUCGGCCGGCUGGUCGGAGUACAGACUGGCGAUCGCCGGAUCCUCCGUUUCGUAGAUGAUCAACACCUCGCGAAACUUGUCCACCAGCUGCAGCAGCUGCGAGCGGCGCAAAUUUUCAAAGUACAUUAUCUCCUCCAAAUGAUGCUCGCCCUUGAAGUAGCCGGCCUUCCACAGGCGCACCAUCAGCGCCAGGUCUUCCGGGUUCGAGGCGGCCGGGAUGCGCGCCACCGCCUUCCGGUCGGGCUCGGGAAAGGCCGCGAGCAACCGUUUCAGCUUGUCGUCGUCGUCGAUCGAGGCGAUACUUUCGUCGUUGUCCGUGCUGGAAGCCGUCUGCAGGCCGCCCACGCUCGAGUGGCUAAUGUUGGACCGGUGGCUCGCAGACGAAGGUCGCGUAUUGGAGGUAACGGAGGCGGCCGUCGUUAGCAGCGCGGAGAGACUGUCGGAGUAACGAUCUUCGCUGAGCGAAUGCUUCCUGUUUCCGCCGGUAGGCACGGCCAACGGUUGGCUGGACGAUGCGCUCGGUGCCGAGCUGCCGUACAGGGCGUGCAGUGCAUGCGCCCGGUCCGAGCUGCAACGUCCUGCCGCCGCUCCGCCAAACUCGUCCUCCUCAAUCCCAUCCAGAUUGGCCACAAACUGUACGUACGUGUGGAGCUGCAUCAGCAGAUGGUGCUGCAGCAUCCACAGCACCAUCUGGGCCAGCCGGCCUUGCCGUGCCGGAUGUUGCAACGGGGUCGUAAGGUGCCCAAUCGAGGUGGGCAGCGAAAAGUCGCUGAUCACCUCAAACAGCGACAUGCCGGGGAAUUUGGUCGCAAACUUGUCGGAAAGAUUCGAAUGAAUGUUGAGCUGUGCGUCGGGCGCAAUCACGUACACGUUCGUCUCGCACAGCGGGUAGAUGAUUGUCGCCUUGGCCCAGUACACCAGAUGCCCCACGAGCUGGUACACGUGAUCGAUCAGCAGCUCGGCGUCCGAUGCCAUGUUUUGCAGACUUUUCAGCGGAUUGUACACCUCGAUCAGCUGCAGCAGCAUGUUCGCACCGGACGGUGGCACACAGUCGAACAGCUCGGACGGAUCGACGAGCAGCAGCAUGCCGUGGUAGGGCUUGAGCGACUCCAGACACCGAUCGAUCGUUUCCGGCUCCACGGCCAUACCUUUCUUGUGGAACUGGUGCGCCUUCUGGGGCAGGCAGAAGCUCAGCGUGACGGUCUGGUUCAUGGUAACGUUCAGCAAACCCGUCGUGCACAGGUCGUGAUAGAUCUGGAAAAGCAAAAUGGGAAAUUAGUGCCUAUCAGCGCGAACACACCAUGGUUCUUGGUACCGUUUUAAUGAAUUGCGCCAGCGUGGUGUUUUUCAGUAUCGUGUCAAACACACCGACCGCAAUGCCAGCCGCCGUUGCACACGUCACCACCGUUUGGCCGCUCGUACCGGCCGGUCCCGUACCACUGCCCGUCCCAACCGAACCGCCCGUUCCGGUGGCUCCGGUCGGCUGUUCCUGCUCUUGCAACGCGCUGUUCUCGUCCAUCACAGCAACCAUCGUUUUGAUCUCCCGCGAGAAGUAACCAUCGCGACGCUCUUCGUAGAUCAGCGCGAUGCCGAUCCGCUUGCUCAGCUCGUAGUAGCUCUUCACCACGGACGAGCUGGCCUGGGCGUGCAGCGCAAACACGACGUUGAUCUGAAUGUCGGAAGACUUUUGGUCCGAGCCCGGGUCGCUCCGCAGCAGCGUCGGAUGCGAGACGAACCGAACGUCGUUCACCUUCAGCUCGAACUUUUGAUUGCACAGCUCCGACUUGACGGCAAACAGUGUCGCCAGAUCUUUGUCCGAGAUGCCGUACAGCUGGUC